AUGGCGUCGGUCUCGCCACCAAAACCAUGGGAGAGAGCAGGCGCUGCUUCUGGAAACGCACUGUCAACCACUCCCACUGCUGGUAAUCCAGUCUCCUCAACCGCGAUGACUACCACCUCACCCGCCGCGGGCAACCCCGCACCCUCGGCAACAUCCACUGCCCCCGAUCUUCCAUCACGCCCCAGCACUCUCAACUCCGUUGUCAACUCAACUGCCUCUAACUACAGUCCCUAUGGAGCCUCUCGAUUAGGAGCCAGCCCUUACGGCGGGUAUGGCGGAAUGGGGGCGUACUCUCGCCGUACUCCCGUUUCGGCUCCAUGGGCUCCAUGUACGGUGGCUAUGGUGGUUAUGGCGGCAUGGGUGGGAUGUACGGCGGUAUGGGUGGAAUGGGAGGCAUGGCAGGACCCGAAUGACCCCAACAGCCUGACCAACUCGUUUGGACAAAGCACUCAAGCCACGUUCCAGAUGAUCGAGAGCAUUGUCGGUGCGUUCGGUGGCUUUGCUCAGAUGUUAGAGAGCACAUAUAUGGCCACCCACAGUUCUUUCUUUGCGAUGGUUUCGGUCGCAGAACAAUUCGGCAACCUACGUAAUACUCUCGGCUCCGCGUUGGGUAUCUUUGCCGUCAUUCGGUGGUUUCGCACCCUGAUCGCCAAAAUCACUGGGCGACCUCCUCCGGCAGAUGCUACUUCUUUGACUCCUGCCGCUUUCGCAGCUUUCAUGGGCGGGCGCUCUUCCUCCUCGGUCCUCCCAGAUGGCUCUCCGGCACCUGCUAAACCAUCCAAGAAGCCAUUCUUCAUGUUCCUCAUUGCCGUCUUCGGUCUCCCCUACCUUAUGGGUAAACUCAUCAGAUCGCUCGCUCGCUCGCAGGAAGAAGAAGCCAAGCGUCGCCAGCAGCUGAUUGGCCCCAACGGGGAGCCCCAUUCUGCGUCUAUGGAUCCGGCUAAGUUGGACUUCUGCCGUGUUCUUUACGACUACAGCCCCGAAACACAGGAGAGCAACGGUAUUGACUUGGCUGUCUCCAAGGGUGACAUUGUCGCUGUGCUCAGCAAGUCAGACCCCAUGGGUAACGCCUCGGAAUGGUGGCGCUGCCGUGCUCGUGACGGUCGCGUAGGCUACCUGCCAGGUCCAUACUUGGAGACUAUCCAGCGACGACCCCAGCAGGCUAUCACUGGAGGUAGCGAGCCCGCGAGCCGAACCAGUACUAUGAAGGACGGUGGCCAUGACCGCACCCAGAGCCUCUCCGCUCUGUCGAAGCCGGCCGGUGACCAGCCCCCGGAGCUGAAGAGCAAAGUGGGAGAUAUCUCACCUGAGAGCUUCCAGAAGAGCACCUUCUAUUCUUAA